CGCACCUUCUCCCCACUCCUGUCUCUCUCUUCAUCCUGCUCUGUAUUUUCUCCCACUUUAUAAGCCCAAAAUUCUCGGUCACUUGCAGAAACGCUUCCUGCUCGCCUCUCUCUCACGGGAAGCAGCAACCACCAUUUCCUUUCAUUUGUUAACUGACGUCCCUACUCGUAUCCUUCGUUUGCGUUCAGGUAGAAAGGAGUUCUCUCUAUUUCAUCGCGCUAAAUUCGGAGAAGGGGAGGAAGAAACAUUUGGCAUAUUCUGUAUACUCUGUUUCCGUUCCCUCCCCCCUAAAAUCAAGGCCGAGAACACCGCCUUUUCACAACGGAAACGCCGGAGCUUUUUCCCCAUUUGGCAGAGUCGGAGAGGAGUCCAUCUCAACGGUGGACUCUAGGAAACAGAAAACACAAGGUAAAAAAGAAGAGGAAAGCGGCGAUUGAUUAGCAGCGUGAAUGGAGGCACUGUCUGCUGCGGGGAACGAGGGGAGGAGGCCGGAGGCUGUGAUUUUCGGGAAGUAUGAGCUGGGGAGGCUGCUGGGACACGGCGCGUUCGCCAAGGUGUACCAUGCGAGGGAGGUGAAGACGGGGCGGAGCGUGGCGAUCAAGGUGAUGAGCAAGCAGAGGAUCGUGAACGGCGGCUUCGUCUCCCACAUCAAGCGAGAGAUCUCCAUCAUGCGGCGGCUGCGCCACCCCAACAUCGUCCGCCUCUUCGAGGUGCUCGCCACCAAGACCAAGAUCUACUUCGUCAUGGAGUUCGUGAAGGGCGGGGCGCUCUUCGACAAGGUGGCCAAGGGCCGCCUCAAGGAGGACGUCGCCCGCCGCUACUUUCAGCAGCUUGUCUCCGCCGUCCGCUUCUGCCACUCGCGCGGCGUCUUCCACCGCGACCUCAAGCCCGAGAACCUGCUCGUCGACGACGCCGGAAACAUGAAGGUCUCCGACUUCGGCCUCUCCGCCGUCUCGGAACAGGUCCGCCACGACGGUCUCUUCCACACCCUCUGCGGCACCCCGUCCUAUGUCGCCCCGGAGGUCCUCGCCAAGAAGGGGUACGACCCCCGGAAGAUCGACAUUUGGUCCUGCGGGGUCAUACUCUUCGUUCUGGUCGCGGGGUACCUCCCCUUCAACGACCACAACCUCAUGGCCAUGUACCGAAAGAUCUACAGAGGGGAGUUCCGCUGUCCUCGGUGGGUGUCCCCUGAGCUCCGCUGGCUGCUCCACCGUCUUCUGGACACCAACACCGAAAGGAGGAUCACCACCGACGAGAUCCUACGGGAUCCUUGGUUCAGAAAAGGCGGCUACCAGGAGGUCCAGCCCUACUCCGACGACGACAGCGACGAUGACGGCAAAUGCUGGUGGUGGUGCCGCGACGGAACUGACUCUGAAUCUCCGUUGUCAUCGCCGACGGCGUUCUCUUCCUCCUCUCCAUUGCCUACCUCCUCUUCCGGCAGCUCCGUCGUAGACGAAAAGGAAAGGGAGGAGCUACCGACACUGAACGCAUUCGACAUCAUAUCCUUCUCGCGGGGAAUCAAUCUCUCGGGCCUAUUCGAAGGAUCGAAAUGCCAAUCAGAGAAUAGGUUCAUCUCCGGCGAACCUAUGUCCACCAUCGUCGACACGCUGGAAGAGGUAGCCAAAACGGUCAGAUUCACGGUGAGAAAGAAGAACUUCAGGGUUGAUCUCGAAGGGGAGAGCCAUGGCCACAUGGUCGUGGUGGCGGAAAUGUUCAGGCUGACGGGCUCGCUGCUGUUGGUGGAGGUAAAGAAAAAGGUCGGCGACGUCCAUGCGUACGAGGAAUUCUGGGCGAGGAAGCUCUGUCCCGCUCUACGGGACUUGGUGUUCAAACCCCUCCCCGCCUUUCCGAAUUCAGAGUAGGGUCAGAUUCAGUUCCGUAUGAUAUAGUGGCUUUUUAGAGUAGAGAAAAGGACCCUUGUGGGACUCAGGUGCUCCCACGCCUUGUGAUCUCGUCAACACGUGCACCCUUUCUCCGGCCACCACAGCUCGACCACACUUUUAGUUUCCGGCGAGUUUCCGGCGGUCCGGCGGCCUCUAUGCUGGGGUCCCAUUAAAACAGAGGAAGUAUAGGAAGGAAGAAAGUAAGUUUGACGAGUGAAGACAAAACUACUAUCGUGUACAGCGAGAAACACGAAUACCCAUUUCAGAUUACAGUCUUUCUAGAUAACAAAAAUUGGCAAAAGUUGAGGCAAGAGCCUUCUAUUUUGUUUUGUGGGUCGGAGAUCUGCUUGGGAUCAUGCUGCCAGAGGAAAAGGUGCCAUUCUUUUCCCUCUGGAUAUUGAGUGAUUUAUAAAUAUAAUAAUCAGACCGGGAGAUCGAUUCCUUCUGUUUUU